UGCUUCCCUCUCUCCUCUAUUCCUCUCCAAUCCCCACCCCGCUUCCAUCAUCGGAAACCCCCAAAAACCCUAGCUUUUGAUCCGACUGUAAGCAUAGCACCGCCAUGGACGUCAAGAUCGGCAAGUUAUUCCAGUCCGUCGGUUCCUUCUUCAGCGGCGGCGAUAACAUCCCCUGGUGCGAUGGCGACAUCAUCGCCGGACAGGAAGAUUUGGUGAUUGUGGUGUCAAUUUGCUGUCGAUAGAAGAAUGUGCUGAUAAAUGAUCUUGACUUUGUCUUUGGUCAUUGUAUCCGUUUCCAUUGAUUGGAUUGUUAAAGCCUUUACCAAUUUCAGCAUCGGUGGCCACUUGAGAAGUAGGAACGAGUGCUACCACUGUAGUACUGAAUGGGAGCUGGUUGUGAGAGAGAGGUUGCUGAGAGUGGGAGCCAAGAACAACAGAGUGAAAGUCUUAUGAGGUUAUCUUGGGCUCUUGUUCAUUCAAGACAACCUGAAGAUGUGAAUCGUGGAAUAGCUAUGCUUGAAGCUUCCUUGGACGGUUCGAGCAGCCCACUGCAAACUAGAGAGAAGCUAUAUUUAUUAGCUGUUGGAUAUUACAGAAAUGGAAACUAUUCAAAAAGUCGGCAGCUCCUGGAGCACUGUUUGGAGAUCGCACCAGAUUGGCGGCAGGCUCUGACUUUUAAAAAAGUGGUGGAAGAUCGAAUUGCCAAAGAUGGUGUGAUCGGCAUAGGGAUUGCUGCAAUUGCUGUGGGACUGUUGGUCGGGGGAAUUGCUGCUCUGGCGGCCCGGAAGAAAUUUCUUGGAAGAUUACUUGCCUCCUAAUGACAGAUGCUCUGCUCUGAAUGUGAUGAAGUUUCGAGUUUAUUAAGGCCUCCGAAGUAUCACUUUAGGAAGUUGGUUUACGCUGGGAAAGCAGCUAUAGCUCAGGAAUUCUUCUGAAGCAGGCAUACUGAUGUCGAGAGGACGCAACCAUCCAAGAGCCUGUUGAUUUAAUCGUUCCUCGCCUCUCCCACCGAUACUCUGCAAAACGGCAGGAACUCUUGUUAGAUAUUUUCAAAAUAAUACUCAUUGAUUGUGCUGGAGGAGGAUGGAUCUCUCAACACAAGAAGGGGAGGUUGUGAAGUACCGUACUAUAGUUCUUUUUAAGCCGAUAUGGAAAGAUCCCAAGGACCCUGGCCUGCGCGAUCUCCGCUUUCCUGGAGGGUAACCUUCACACAGGAGAAAGUUAUUUUUUUUUUUUAGUGAAAGAGAAGCAGAGAGUAUGCCACCCGCCUUUUAUUACUAAAAAAUAUUUACAAAGGAGAGAGUAGAAUAAAACAGAGUACAAGAAAACAAAUCAAGAACGCGUAAGAGGAUAAGAGCAACGAUUGACGGCAGGAAAUUGAAAAAAGAGGAUGGGGUUUCCACCUGAAUGUCUUAACUAAAGUGAUAAUGCUACAAGCUUUGAAGCUAUUUUUAUAUUCAAACUUUACAUCUUUCUUUCCCUCCUUCCAACAACAGCUCAGAUCUUCCCCUCGCUCCAACAAGGGGAACCUUGACGAUGUCAAACCACCCAAUGUUGCUGUUGGACCAGAGUUUGGAAAGCCUCGAAUUUUCUUAUUUUUCUUGUGUUGUUGAUUUAGGUUAUACAUUCAAAACUGUGAUCUAUGCAAUUCAUUUGAAUCAAAACUGUGAUCUAUGCAAUGGAGUUAA